GAGAAUGCUGAACUCAAGGCUAGAAUUGAGGAGUUGGAGAAAAAUAAGGCAGAUUCUUCAGCCGAGAAUAUUAGGCAUGAUGUAAUUGCCAAGCUUAAGGCCAAAGUAGUGAAACUAAGGGAUAACAAUGAGGGGAGCAUUCAGCAAGCAUCUCUUAACCAAGAUCAAGAAUCUGAUACUGAGUGCUCUACUUCUGAAAAGAUACCAGAGGUAUCAAAUCCCAUGACUGAAAUUUCGGCCAGGUCUCAAAAAUGUAUUCUUAGUUCUUCUAAUAAUAUAUUAUCACAACAAAGCCAAAUUUCUUCUACAGUACCACUGCUUACUUUAGCUCAAUUAUUUGAUAAAGCGACUGAUGCUGAAUAUGGUACAAUUCAUACGAAUCAGGAAGAAAUAUUGUGCUGGUGCUACUAUGGAAAAAAAUUUAUAACUCAAGUUAAUGAAGUUACCAAAGGUAACAAAAUUGGUGAGAAAAAAGCGAAAGGAAUUAUCUAUGAUAAAAUGUUAGAGGAUCUUUCUAUUCUCCGUAAAAAGAGAUCUGAAGAAACAGAAGACGAGUCACCAACUCCUGAAAUUUCAGCCAAGGGUUCCUGCCAAAAUUCAGCUAAGGUAAGCGAAUUAAUCGCACCUAUUCCUAUUAUACAUGGCUCUAAUUCUUUAGGUAAUUCAUCAUUCACACCUCAAAUCGCUCUAGCUAAGAUAGUUGAUGAUAGUGAUUGUAGCCACGACAAUGAUUCUGAAGAAGAGAGGCUAGAUGAAUCAGAUGAUGAUAGAUAUAAUGGGUAUGAUAGAUAUGAUGAAUAUGGUGGAUGUGAUAGAGGCUAUUAUUAUCAUGAUGGAAGAUACGAAAGAAAAAGCUCACCAAUGAUGAGUCCUAUUAUCUCACCAGUAACCACCUAA